AUCAAUUAUUCUAUCACACUGUUAUAAACUGUGAUUUAUAGACAAUUUAUUGAAUAUUUUUCGCCAUCGUUCACAAAUGCGUACUUUUCAGUUAAUUUAAGUUUUUUUUUAUACUUAAGAUGAGUAAUAGAAAACCUUCUAUUCCACUAUGUCCAUCAAUGCCAGGAGAAGACGAAAUUGAAGAAGAUUUAAGAAAUGUAGAAGAAGGAGAUACUCCUUUACUUAAUGAUGAAGCGAAAGUUUUGUUAGAAUCAGUUGGUGGUGAAAUUAUAAAAAAUGACACACAAGAAACUGCCCAAAAACUUGUGGAUAAUGUAGAUGAAUUAGAAGAAACAAUUUCAGCUUUAGAUAAAAAAUAUAAUGAUUUAGUGACAUGUGAAAAAGAUUUAAAAUUACUUGAAGAAGAAAUUGAUAAACAGAUAAAUGAAAUGUUAGUAUAUGUUGCUGAAAUCAAUUCAAAUCCAACAGUUAAGUAGACAUAAUAAUACUGAUUUGAUUACAAUAUUAAAAAGAAAAAUCUUUUUUAUUACAAAUAAUCCAUUUUACUUAUUGUCUAAAAUUAUUUAUACAUUUUUAAAAAUAAACUAUUUGUACAUGUA